AUUCGGUGAACUAGGGCUCUUGCACAUAAGGCAAGGCAUUAUUGCAUUACCUUGAAGAAAUAUGACUCGAUGAUUAUACAACAGAAAACGAAGGAAAAUGGAGGAAAUGCACAAGACUGGCGCUUUGCAAGCUGAAGUCAUAGCGCUGCGCGAACGUGUUGCGGCGCUGGAGAAGCUUUUGUUUGCUGUACUCCCUGCGGGAGCCGGUGCGGCUGCACAGCCUUCAGCGGCGCCCACGACACAAGCGCGUGCGGCGGCGGCAGGCGCCGUGCCCUCCGACGCCGCCGCCGCUGACCGGCGGGAGACCGCAUCCUCAGCGCCCGCACCCGCUGCUCCCACCGCAGACGAUGGCAGUGCAGCGGUGGCUGGGGUUGCGGCGCCUCAGCCGCUGCCGCAGGCGACGCCGAGCACGGCGUUGAUGCAGGUCACUGUGGCAAUGGCGGCGACACGGGUGGUGAUGCACCAACUGGUCCUGCCAGCCGAUAUCAACCAACUGGGCAUUUGCACUGGCGGCCAGGUGCUGUCCUGGAUCGACCUGUGCGCGGGGCUGUCCGCCAAGACGCUGGCGCAGGGCCCCUGCGUGACGGCGUCCGUGGACGCGGUGCACUUCCUGCGGCCCUGCCGGCUGGGCGGUGUGGUCAUCAUCGCGGCCAUGGUGGCGCGCACCUUCAACACAAGCAUGGAGGUGGCGGUGGUGGUGGAGAGCGAGGACAUGCGCACGGGCGUGCGGCACCACUGCUGCUCCGCUCACCUUACUUUCGUCGUGCGGCCGCAGCUGCCCACUGCAGCGGGUGGUGCCGUGGGUGCCGCCGCGGGCGGCGCCGCUGCGCCCGGGCUGCCGCGUGUGGUGCCCACCAGCUCGGAGCACCGCGCGGUGUGGGAGGGUGCGGAGGUGCGGCGGCAGCAGCGGCUGGAGCGGCGGGCGCGGGCGCGGCAGGACCCGGCCUUGAGAGACAUGGAGCGGGUGUGCAGGCUGCAGCCCAUCACGCACCGGGAGGGCGGCCCCACGCUGCCGCCCGCCGUCACCCUCCACACGGCGCUGUCGCAUCACAACAGCAGCCGCCAUCUCAACAUCCAGCCACAACAACCGCAACAACAACCGCAACCGCAACAGCCCAAGUCUCAGCCCAGCUCCCGACCGCUGUCACGUCUGCUGUCACGAGCCUCCUCCGCGACACAGCAGGCGGGCGCGGCGCUUUCGCCGCACCCCUCGCUGCAGCCUUCCCUACAGCAGCUGCAGGAGCAACUUGGCAGCUUCAUGCAACAGCCGCCGCAUGCGGCAGCGGGAGACGAGGAGCGGCAGGGGCAGCGCCAGCAGCAGGACGGAGGGGCGAAUCAGCGGCAGGGUCAGGAGACCGAUGGCGGCUCACCCAAUCUUCUCAGCCCGGCGCCCUCCUCGGGCAGUGGUUUAGGCGACGUCGACGGCACGGGGGCAGCAGACGCCGGGGGCGGCCCGCGGGCGGUGCCGAGGGCAGGGUCGCCGCCGACCCUGCUGGUGCCGCCGCUAUACGCGCCGCCACCGCGGCGGCAGCGAGUGCCGCCGGGCUGCACCACCGCCUACAUGACUCAGAGCAUCCUGCCGCAGCACGCCAACACGCUGCACAUCACAUUCGGAGGCCAGGUCAUGAGCUGGAUCGAGCAAUGCGCCUACAUCAGCGCCUCCCGCCUGCGUGCGCCCUCGCUGCUGACGGCGGCGGUGGACUCGCUGGUGUUCGUGCGGCCCACACGUGUGGGCGACAUCCUGUACAUAUCGGCGCAGGUCAGCGCCAUCUUCGGCAGCAGCCUAGAAGUGAUGGUGUCCGUGUUCGGGGAGAGCCCCUACGCCGGCGCCGGCAGCAGCGCCCACGUGAACGGCGGCGGCGCCGAUGACGCUGGAGGUGGAGGUGGAGGCAUCUUCCACUGCGCGGACGCGUUCGUGACGGUGGUGGCCGUGGACGAGCGACACGGCACGCCCGUGACGGUACCGUUCGAGUUGGACCCGCGCGAGCAGGCCGACGUGCUGCGAUACCAGGGAGCGCUGGCGCGGCGUGCGGAGCGGCUGGCGCUGCGGGGCCAGUUUGCGGCGGCUGAGACCACCCGCGUGUCACUGGACGGGGGCCACACCUACUCGCCGCCGCCCGAGACCAGCGUGGAGGGCGGGCCCAGCGUGCUGGACGCCAUCCCGCCGCUGUAGCAGUGGCAGCCAGACAGCGGCAGUAGCAGUGGCAGGGUAAGGGCAGGCAGUGGAAAUGGCAAGGAAGGGUGGGCAAUCGCGGGUACAGGGCAGCAGCGGACUGGUGGUUAGUAAGUGCAAGGGCCAGGAUGUCAACAAUGUCGGCGUGCCGGCGUGGGCGCAGUAUUAGCUGGUUGCUUUGCGUGUGCGUGCGAUUGUUUGAGUGUGUACAGUGUUACAGCGCACUAAGGAAAAUAAGAGCGACGUGUAUGUACCGUACGCGAUGUGUAUGUGCGUGUGUAUGUGUGGGAUGUGGGCAUAGGGCAUACGGUGGCAUUCUUAUAUAGCUGCAACGAUACUGCAAACGGCCCCGAUGUCGCGUGUUUAUGCCGUAUACGCCAUAAUGGCACAGCAAGCGCACGCUAUCGAGAGUACUAUUGAAUGUUACUGACUAUUCCGAAGUUGACGUUGACAUUAGUUGUUGCAGUACGGUAACAUGGAAAAGCCCAUGCGUUUGAAGGCUCCAGACUCACGGCAGCGGCUUCGGCGACCUAAACCGUGGGCCACCCUGCCGGAGUGCGUUUCUGCUACACAAAAAGCACGGAGACAUACUCGCUGACCAUGGCCAUUCCUACCACCUCCAGCCGGCGCCCGCUGCGGGCCGCAGUGCUGCUCCUGGCUGUGGCCGCGGCGCUCCUGCUCCUCACAGCGCCCCACGCCAGCGCCGCGGCCGGCGGGCUACCUGGCGGGCUGCUGCCACCGCCCCUGCUGGCGGCACAGUCACACGACAGCAUCCUCGGUAGUAGCACCAGUGGCGAGGGCGGCAGUAGCAGCAGCGGCAGUAGCAUGGGUCGCCAGCUGCAGCAGGCGGGCUACACCGUGACUGGCUCUGUGAAGACAGCUCGCCGCAGCUUCUCAUACAAGGCGGCGCGGCAGGGGCUGCGGCACGGCCGCCGCAGCCAGCAGUGAGGCAGCCGCUGUUAAGGCCGCCGGCGCCGCGGCCGCCCGCGCUGCCGCAGUGGCGCGGCGUGGGCGGCCUGGGUGCCUUGCAGCUGGGUGGCGCUGGCGGGCGGAGCCGGGCGUCGUGGAGCAGCCGCGUCGGGGAGCAGCGGCGUGGGCCUCAGGGGAGGUCUCCCCUUGUAUCCUAGCAUGUUUACUGACGAGGGUGCAUGUAGCACCGUCUGAUGGAUGGGCGCCUGAGCUGCUGGAGUGUCUUGUGCCUUAUGCGCAUGUCGUCAGGGGGCCAGUAGUGUCUACUGCAGCUGAAGUAGCUUAAUAUAAGCAUGCAGGCGUGUCGUCGACUUGGAUGUGCUUUGAUGGACAGUCGGGGCGUUCUAGUUCUAUGCGGUAGCCAACGUGCCGGCUACACCAACAUAGGGUGAUUGGACUUUGGCUACCGUAUACUUGACAUGACAAGGGAAUGCGGGUGCCAAAUGUGAGGCGGUUCCAAUGGCUGCGAGCAAUGUGAGCCGUGGAGGGCACUGUAAGUACAUUGCCGG